AUGAAUGUAAACUCUUCUCUGUAUAAUGAAAGCAAAACCCUAUUGAAAGGGUAUUUAGACCAAUUUGACAAUUUGAUGGAGCUCUUGAAAAUUGCCGGGGCCAGAGUCUUUUUGAUUACAGGAAUCAAAGACGAUGACCAUGGGCCAAGAGUUAACGGUGGCGUUGGAAAUACCCACGAGGCAAUGGACAUAGCAGUGCCGAAGACAUUGAGGAGGAUUCCUUGCCGAUCGGGUCAUGAAUUGGAUUCGAAGGGGGACGAAGCGGUUGGUGAGGGAGAUGACAGGUAUUCCAAUGACGCCAAACAUGUGAUCCAUGCCGGCACCUGCCAAAGAAAUGGCCACUUAGGAAUUGCCAUUGAUUCAUGUUUUGUGAUUGGAGUCGGUGACUGCCAUCGGAGAGAGAAGGGUAUCGUUUCGAGGUGA